GACCAGUGACUUUCGGGAAGUACUUAAAUGGAGAUGCAAUCCUACUCAUAUCUUUUCACGGGACUUUCUUAACAGUUGAUCUCCAUCCUUUCACUGCCAUCAUUUAAUCUCAAAUUCAGGAUUACGCAAUAAACAGAAUGACCACUCAGCAGCCCGGGCAGUUUAUGAUAGCACAGACCAAUGACCAGUGGAGCUCUGGAAUCUGCGACUGCUGUGACAAUGUGCCCGAGUGUUGUUUCUCAUUCUGGUGUUUUCCCUGUUUUGCCUGUUCGACGGCUCGUAAGCACGGCGAGUGUCUAUGUUUGCCGCUCCUCGAUGGAUUUGGCUUCAUUCCUGCAAUAACUCUGGCCAUGCGCGUGUCAGUGCGCAGUCGCUAUGGAAUAAAGGGCUCUAUCUGUAAGGACUGUGCUUACUCCACUUUCUGUGGAGCUUGCUCCUGGUGCCAGAUUUCUCGAGAAAUGAACAUCCGAGAGCAAAGUUUGACAUUUGUCACUCAUCGAGCAAAAUAACAUAAAAUUUUAUUUUAUUUCGACCGUCCGCCUUGUUUUCCUCAGUAUUUAGCAGUAACAAUAGUCACCUGAAAUAACUCUUGUCAUCUGUCAUUUGAUCUGCACCAUUCUUCCAGUUAAUAAAAAAAAUUUGUUCGACAUUUGUCUUAUA